AUGGCCACCACAUCAGAAAAAUUGAACCAAGAUGGCUAUGCAGUUGUCGAAGAUUUAUUUACUUCAGAAGAAUGCGAUGCCCUACGAAAAGAAAUGGGUGUCAUCAUUGAUGGGACUAACUUGGAAGAUCAUCCAAAAAGUGUGUUCACUACAUAUGAUGAAGAUAAACACGCAGCUGAUGAAUACUUCUUGAAUAGUUCCGACAAAAUCCGCUUUUUCCUUGAAGAAGGGGCUUUGGACAAGGAUGGACAGCUGCUGGUCGAAAAGCAAAAAGCUUUUAACAAAGUUGGACAUGGUUUGCAUUGGAAAAACGAUAUAUUCAAGAGGUACAGCUUCCACCCACGCAUCAAGAGUAUUUUCCGCGACUUACACUUUGCCGACCCGGCCAUCGUUCAGAGCAUGUAUAUAUUCAAGCAACCGAAAAUUGGCGGUGCGGUGACAGAUCAUUUUGACGCUACGUUUCUGUACGUCAAUCCGAUCGAGCAUCUGGUCGGAAUCUGGAUUGCGCUGGACGAUGCGACGGUAGAAAACGGGUGUCUAUCUUUUAUUCCUGGGAGUCAUAAAAUAACCAAGGUUGACUAUCGAUUUGUGAGGACACACGAUCAGAGCGGUGGUUCAUUGCUCAAAUUUAAUGGAGAGAAGCCGACCUAUGCACCGGAAAAAUUUGUGCCGGUACCGAUCAAAAAAGGUUCGGCGAUUCUAAUCCACGGCUUGGUUGUUCAUAAAAGUGAAGCGAACACAUCACCUCUCAGCCGACAUGUCUACACAAUGCAUGUCAUGGAAAGAAAGGAUACCGAAUGGAGCCCCAAUAAUUGGCUCCAAGAAACCGGCGACUAUAAAUUCCCAAAUCUUUAUGAGAAU